CUGAGGUCUGAAGAGGAAGCCUUGCUGUGAGAUAUUCUGCGUACAAUUCACUAACUAAUGGAAAUAAAGGACUGGUAUGUGGUUGAUCAGAGUCUAAGCUACAUUGUGGGAAGAAAAUAGCAGAUACUAAUGUUGUCUUUAAAGCAGGAGAGACCAAUGUUACAAAACUGGGUGGCUGCAAGCUGAGUCCAGUGGAAUUCAUACAUGAAGUAUGUUUUUAACAUGAUUUCUCGAAGAUGACUGCAUUUGGCCCUAACUACAAUGGCAAGCAGUGCUCUGGCUUUGUAGCUUUGGUGUUUUGUUUUGUUUUUGUUUUUUGUAUUAAGACUGUCAGUGGUGUGACAAAUACUGCUGUGCCCCAGAAAGAGCUAACUAAGUGAAACCUCAUGGCCUGCCGUAAGCAGAGCUGAGCAGUAAAGAUGCUGUCAUGUUGAAAUAAAAAGAAACAAAAAAACCCUAAGAUCUGACAGUGGUUGUUGCCUGCGUGCAGGUACACUGUGCUGGUGGCUGCAGUGCGUCUGGGAGUUCCAGGGCUCUCAUGCCUGGCUGAUGCACCCAGGGGCCCAGUGCUGCUGGGUCAGCUGCUGGGUCAGCUGACAGAUCUCGGCGUUUGAGCUGUGCCUUGUGAAACAGAAAGAGCUGUUUGUGUCGUUGGCAAGUGGUAAAGCAAAUAAAGCAACUUAAGUGGCAGCAUACAUUGAGUGAGCUCGCAGUUUCUUCUGGGCUCAAAUCUGCAAAAGCAAACAUCGUAGUCAGGAAAUUAUGAAGAUGCAGUCUUUCUCAACUCGGUGCAACUGCUGUACUAUUCAGCCUUUUAUCACAAGGCGAGUUGUUUAAGUAGGUGUUUUAUAUUUAACAAAAUGAGGCCCUUCUCCCAGCGUCUGCGAGUAUGUCAAAUGCAGCUGUAUUGAAGUGCGCAGGAAGAACUAAGGCAUGGGGAAAUGAGACUUUGAUCCUGCAAAUCUUUAAUGACAUGAUUUGUUCUGCGAGCGCAAGUCCCAAGUUGUAUUGAAAGGGUCAUAAUAAUGUGUGUGAAGUCUUACAGAUGGGAGCUAAACAGCUUACCAGGAUUCUACCAGGAGUGCUUACCAGGAGGCCUGUAGCAAAGCUGGGGGUAGAAUCCCCUUCCCCACCCGGAAACGGUUUUCCCCUUUGUUCUUUGGUGAUCGCAUCUAAUUUAGAUAUUUUUACAGGAGCUGCUUCCAUAAAGUUUUCAGGGCGUUUGUCAAAGAAUUAAAGAGAAGACCUGACUUGGUCCUCUGGCAGACUACAAGGUAUUAGUGGGAGCGUUCUUCCUCUGUUAAUUGUUGGAGGCCCCUUCCACCUGUUUUUAAAUUAGCUCUUUGUGGCAUUGGAGGCAUCUAUUGAAAGAUUGUAUUAUAACCUCGAGCUUGUCCUUGUGCCUGCAAAGUGUCACGUGGCCCAGCGAUGCUGUGUAAAUACUAAUGAGUGAAAGUCGCUUUGUAAGCCACCAGCACAGUCUAAUUGGUUUUGUUGUGUUUCUUAGGCUGGCACUACAGAGGGGCAACCGAUUUUAGCACUGAGAACACUGCGCUUAAGCAACGCUAACACAGUUAAAGAGCAGAGUUAAUGUCACGCUUCCAGAAGGCAGAACAAACAAGUUGUUACUGUUAAGCCUGAGGAGAAGAUCUAAAUUCAAAGUCCAAAUCAAAACUUGCCAGCUGCUAAGAGGAGACAAAGAUUUAUUGUUGCAUAGUCUAAAUUGGAGAUUUAUCACGGGGGUAAGUUCAGUGCUGAAAUGAUUAAGUGCACUUAAAUAUACCAAUUAGUAGAAGGAUAAAAGCUAUAGGGUAAAAAUGAAAUGCAGUCGUCUUAGGAUUCCUCUUGCGCACAGUGUGCCAGCUGUAAGCAGGAGAUUUAAUUUCCAGCUCACUUUCUAGAAAUAAACUUGGCUUAUUAAAUGUCAGGCCUGUUAGGCUGCUGUUAGUUCUUAUGCCCAGCAGCAAGGCUCUUGAAGAUCAAAUUUAAAGCGCAAGAAAUGUUAUUGUUGGUGUUGGUUUAUUUUGUAAGGCUGUCAUUAAUUUCUCAAGAAAAUGUACGUGCAACCUGAGACUGUUGUAAUUAUUGGUUUUUCUGUAAAUAAAUGUUUUGGUGGCAGUUCCUGUAUGUUUUAUGCUGCAAAUUGUUUACAGCACAGCUUGGUCUGGUGCGAGUUAUAUGAUCUAUUAGCACGCUUGAUCUUCCACAUGAAUUUUCUCCUGCUAUUUUUAAUUCUGAAGUAAACUCGAUAGCAGCAUGCCUGCCUGGUAGAUAUUGCACAAACCUCAGCGUUAGAGUUCCAGACUGGUCAUUUCCUCCAGUUUCAAAAAGAAAGUUGACCCAGACCUGCUGCAGGAGCUCAGCUGGUCCCAGCCCCUUGUGCAGGGGACAAGAAGACAGGUGAAAGUCCCUGCACAUGGCUGUGGCAGCACCUCAACCAGGAGCUGAUAGGCCCUGCUGGGAGAGGGCAACAGAAAUCACUCAUGCACAGCUGCUGUUAGGAGACAGCAGGGUAUCCAGGACAGGAGGUGGACCGACCUUUUGCAUGGUCUGAUAGUGAUGGGACAAGAGGGAGAGGGGCUUUAAAUUAAAAGAGGAGAUAUUCAUAUUAGAUGUUAGGAAGAGAUUUUUUACUCAGAGAGUGGUGAGGCACCGGCACAGGCUGACCAUGGAAGCUAUGGAUGCACCAUCUCUGGAGGCACUCAAGGCCAGGUUGGAUGGGGCUCUGAGCAGCCUGAGCUGGAGGAUGGCAGCCCUGCCCAUGGCAGGGGGUGGGGACUAAAUGAUCUUUAAAGCCCCCUCCAACCUAAGCCAUGCUAUGAUAUGACGGUGCUUGGCUUUGUGGAGGUAUCUGCGUGCUCAGAGUGGGCUCCUGCAUUGGGUCAGUCCAUACAGCCUUGUAGGUUAGGAUUGAGGAAGAGUGAUACACGUGCAAGAUCUCCUCAGCAGUAGAUAUUGUCUUCCAUAUAAACUUGAAUUUCCCUCUAAGAAAAUCACCAAGACCCUGCUCUUUUAAUCUGCUGACCUCAUCUCAUUACAGCAGCCCUUAUUACAGCUAUUGUCAUCGUGGGUUGGGGAGACCCAAACCAUGAGGUGCCUGGAUUUCAGGAUUCACCUGGGGCUGGUGAGAUGGGAUUUGGGCUGUGCCACAGUCAGGACAUUCUGUCAGCCAGUCCUCUGGAGCAGGGGUUCUCACCUGUGGGUUCCCAACCCAAUUCCUCUGCUUUCCGUGAUGAUGCAGGAUGCAGGAACUGCAUUGUGUGGAAAUUAAGAGCUGGAGAGGUCUCUCUGGGUCAGUGACUGCAGUCCUUAGUCACGGUUUAUCCCCCUUCCCAUAAACCACUGCACUGGGAGAUUUUUCCACAGCUUGAUUGCUCUGGUGGUGGUCAGAAACCUUGUUCUAAUUCCAGCCCAGUGUGGUCAUGACUGGUUUGUAUGCAGUUGUGCUCUGUCUUUUAGCUUUAAAACCUGUGGUGCUGCUCCGAGAAUUGCUCCCCAGUGUACCCACAUGGAUAUUUCCCUCCCACAAACUGCCCUGGUCUGCUCUCAUAAAAUGUCAGUAUUUCCUUGUUCACACUAGUCACACCUGACCUGUUUCAGUUUUCUAUCCCUUUCAAAAUUGGGUAGCAAGCUUUGUACCUAGUAUUCCAAGAUAAGGCUCUGUUAACUGUUUUGUACAUGUAAUGUUUCUUGCCUGCCACUGAGAAUAUUUUGCCAUGUAAUUAAGUGGUUAAACUGCCUUUUUGUGUCAGCAUCUCCUUAGAGAGAGGUGCUAAUGCUGUGGUCAUGUAGUGCAUCUAAGUGCUCCUAUCCCUGCAGCUGGCCAGCUGCAAGCAAGAGCUCUUGCUGUUCUCCUGCAAUUUGCACUAACUUGUAUCCACUUUAUUUCACUGCAGCUUGUGUGGCCUUUGUUUCUCCGUGAGCAGCCUUUCAUUUCUCUGAGUUGGCAGCUCAUACCAGUCUUCUCCUGCGCCCUUCUGGUUUUGGUAAUGAAAAUAUUCAAGAAGGUUCAGCUGACAGUAGCCUCUCCUUGUACCCUGGUGCUUCCUGGCAAGCAUCACUAUUCUCUGUUAGCCAGUUCCUCUAUGUUCCCCCUUCUGCUUCAACUAACUUCCUAUGUCACCGUGUCAAAUACUUUACUAAAAUCCACGUAGUUUGGAGCUACUCAUUUUUCUUGUCUGGAAAACUUUUUAAUAAGGAAGUGCAUCUGUUUGAUCCAGAAUGAUUUAUUUAUUUUUCAUUUUAUCCAGUUUUUCAUUUACCUCUGUUAAUGUAUGCUUGAUGUAUUGUGAUCUUCAGAUUCUGAAGUUUCACAGACUACUGCAUGGUCACUGGUAUCAUAGCUUGGGUUCUUGUCCAAAAUACAGAAAUACAAGGCUUUCUGGCGUGGGCUGGGGGAGUUUCAUCAGUUUAUUAAAAGUGCCUUAUUACUGGACUUCAUUUUUCAGAUGCCACAUCUUUCAGUAAGAUCAUUUAUGUGAGUUCCAAUUCAUCUUGAAUGUGCUAUGUUCUUUGAAUUAUGCCUCUGUUCCUCUUGUCACAAUAUUUGUUUUCUUGCACUUUAGGUUUUCCUCCAUGUACAACAGUUUUGUUCGUGUUCAAAAGAGCAGCAGGGAUUCCUUUUGUUUUGGAGACUGCUGCACUUGCUCACCUUACGGUCUCAUUCUUGAUGCUGCUGAAAUAAUCUUGCUGGCUUGGUGGGUUUAUUUUGAUGCACAGUGCAUGAGUUCGGACAGCUCUUAAGUGAGUAUGUUUUUGAACACGUUAACCCCCAAGUUCUAUGUUGCCCUGACGGGCACUUCCUCAUUAAUCUCGGGACUUAUUUUGAUCUUCGAGUGGUGGUACUUCCGCAAGUACGGGACGUCCUUCAUCGAGCAGGUCUCGGUGAGCCACUUGCGCCCUCUGCUGGGCGGGGUGGACAACAGCGCGCCCAGCGCGGCCAACGCCGCCAACGGCGAGGCGGACUCCAGCAGGCAGAGUGUGUCAGAAUGCAAAGUCUGGCGAAAUCCCUUAAAUCUGUUCAGAGGAGCUGAAUAUAAUCGGUAUACGUGGGUAACAGGAAGAGAACCUUUGACUUACUACGAUAUGAAUCUUUCAGCACAGGACCAUCAGACAUUCUUUACAUGUGACACGGAUCAUUUACGGCCUGCUGAUGCUAUAAUGCAAAAAGCCUGGAGAGAGAGAAACCCCCAAGCCCGAAUUUCUGCAGCACAUGAAGCUUUGGAAUUGAAUGAAUGUGCCACUGCCUAUAUUCUUUUGGCUGAAGAGGAAGCAACAACUAUUGUGGAAGCAGAGAAGCUGUUCAAGCAAGCUCUGAAGGCUGGAGAGGGCUGUUACAGGCGCAGUCAGCAAUUGCAGCAUCACGGUGCCCAGUACGAAGCCCAACACAGAAGGGACACUAAUGUGUUAGUUUAUAUUAAGAGGAGGCUGGCAAUGUGUGCAAGAAAGCUGGGAAGGACCAGAGAAGCAGUGAAAAUGAUGAGAGAUUUGAUGAAGGAAUUUCCUCUUCUCAGCAUGUUCAAUAUCCAUGAAAACCUGCUAGAAGCUUUGUUAGAGCUGCAAGCAUAUGCGGAUGUCCAGGCAGUCUUAGCGAAGUAUGAUGAUAUAAGCUUACCAAAAUCAGCAACAAUAUGUUACACAGCUGCAUUGCUCAAAGCCAGAGCUGUCUCUGACAAAUUUUCUCCAGAGGCUGCCUCAAGGCGAGGGCUGAGUACUGCAGAGAUGAAUGCAGUAGAAGCUAUUCACAGAGCAGUAGAAUUUAAUCCACAUGUGCCAAAAUACCUCCUAGAAAUGAAAAGCUUAAUUCUGCCCCCUGAACAUAUUCUGAAGAGAGGGGACAGUGAAGCAAUAGCAUAUGCUUUCUUUCAUCUUCAACACUGGAAAAGGGUAGAGGGAGCAUUGAAUCUCUUACACUGUACAUGGGAAGGCACUUUCAGAAUGAUCCCCUAUCCACUGGAAAAAGGACAUCUUUUCUACCCUUACCCUAUUUGUACAGAAACUGCAGAUAGAGAACUACUACCGUCAUUUCAUGAAGUUUCAGUUUACCCCAAGAAAGAGCUUCCCUUCUUCAUCCUCUUCACUGCUGGCCUAUGUUCUUUCACAGCCAUGCUGGCUCUCCUGACACAUCAGUUCCCAGAGCUUAUGGGGGUCUUCGCAAAAGCAUUUCUCAGCACCCUCUUUGCCCCUUUGAAUUUUGUGAUGGAGAAAGUAGAAAGCAUCCUGCCCUCCAGCCUGUGGCACCAGCUGACGAGGAUCUGAGGGAGCACCCGCUGACUGACUGCCACGACAUCUGCUGUGCCAACAUUUGGUUGACCACAAGAAAGCAUGAUAAAAAAGGGAAGCAGUUCUAAGACUGAAAAAAUCUUCAUGGAUUGUCUGUUCUCAUAUAAAAACUGUUUCGUUGUACAAAAUUCAUUGAUGUUAGGUUCUAUUAUAUUUUGCCUUCAGAAAAGACAAAAAUAAACUUUUGUGUAU